AUGAAGUCUAUGCGGCACGUCGGGCACAGCACGUUCGGGCAGACCCUCUUUAACUCGAUCGCCAUUCUGCUCGGUAUCGGCAUGCUUUCUGAGCCUUUGGCCUUCCACUACGCAGGAUGGAUAGGCGGGACCAUCUUGAAUGUUAUGUACGGCGCGAUUACAUGCUAUACCGCCAAGAUUCUUGGGAGAAUUAUCCUUGCUGACCCACGUUUGCGCUCGUACUCGGAUAUCGGGCGCAAGGCCUUUGGUCCUAAGGCCACCCUGCUCAUCAGUCUGCUCUUCUGCUUGGAGCUGUUCUCUGUCGCUGUUAUUCUGGUCACUCUGUACGCCGAUUCCUUGCACUCGAUCAUCCCAGAGAUGUCUUCCAAUGCGUACAAGGUCUGGGGUCUUCUCAUCCUCAUUCCCACCGUAUUCCUCCCGCUCUCUCUCCUGUCCUAUACCUCCAUCCUCGGCAUCCUCUCCACCAUCUUCCUCGUUAUUGUCCUCUUCGUUGAUGGCUUUACCAAGAAGGAAGCUCCCGGCAGUCUCUGGGAUCCCGCUCAUACUGAGCUCGGCGUGGGAAACUUCCGCCAGCUCGGGGUCGCCUUCGGGCUGUUCAUGGCUGGCUUCUCUGGCCAUGCAGUCAUACCGUCGCUCGUUCGCGAUAUGCAGGAUCCGACGGAGUUCGAGAGCAUGCUGAACUACGCGUUUGUGGUGGCGACGGCGAUUUAUACGAUCAUCGGGUACGCUGGUUACUUGAUGUUCGGUGCGGAUGUCAGCGAGGAGAUCUCCCUCGACCUCCUCCGCACCCCUGGGUAUCCCAAACAGCUCAACCAAAUUGCCCUUUGGUCUCUUGUCAUCGCCCCCCUCUCGAAAUUCGCCCUGACCACUCAACCUCUCAACGCCACCAUCGAGAUGCUCCUCGGCAUCACCCCGCACAUUGCCUCCCCCGAGACCGUCGCCAACAAGCCCCGCACCCUCGCCGGCGCCCUACCGCGCACCAAACACCUCCGCGCCAUGGACUUCCUCCGCGCCAAGCACCUCCUCUCGCGCCCCGCCGCGCGCCACUUCUACGCGAUCGUCCAGCGUGUCGUCGUCACCUGCCUCGCCGUGCUCGUCUCAGUGGUCGUCCCCGAGUUCAGCGCGAUGAUGGCGUUCUUGGGCGCGUUUAGUGCGUUCAUGCUAUGUGUGAUUGGCCCGGUGGCGGCGAAGAUCGCGUUGACGAGGACGGGGAAGAUGCCCUUGCCGGUGGCGCAGCGGAAGGGGGAGGGGAGGAGCUGGUUGAGGGUGGAGGGCGCGAUGGAUGUGGGGUUGAUUUUGAUGGCGGUGGCGAUGGCGAGUUGGGGGACGGCGGCGGCGUUUAUGGAGAACAAGGCAUAG